CCUUUCUGGUCUCUGCGGCCGUUGCUUCUUGUGGCAGUUAGGGCGUGGUCCGUGUCGUCCACGAAGCAACUGUCUCCCUUCUGGGCCUGUGGGCAGGCCCCUUGAGUGUCGGACCAACAUUUUAAAGCAUUUUGGCAUUCUGCGGGUAUCAUUUCUUCAUAUCGAUCCCAUAAAGAGAACCGAGUGUUUUCUAGAAGAGAUGAAGAAAAUGUUCCCAGCAUCACAACUUAAUGCAGCCGAAAACCCACCGGAGGGUGAGGAUUACGAGAAUGUGAUGCCCUCAGCUCCCAAAAAAGAUCAUAAUUUUUCUCAAGUAGAACAUUUGUCUCAAGAGACAGUUCAGCAUCCUACGAAAGGAGACUUAGCUUCUGCACCUCAGGAAAUGGCUGCUGUGUCAACAGAGGAGGAAGCAAGGGCACCUGCAUUUCAGAAGAAAAAAUCAGAUUCAGCUCGUGAGGUUGGUAAAGAAGAGAAGAAAAUCAUUCCAAGUUCCAAUCUUUUGACUGUCAGUCAAGGGAUGUAUUUACCUGAGCAGACUAUCAGGAGAGAACGCCCAAGAGUCCACUCAAUACCAUAUCCAGGUGUAUUCAUUGACAAGGAAUUGAUUAUUAGGGGUAACAUGGAAGGGUAUCAAAAGUGGCUACCAUUUAUGAAAAUCUUCUUGAGCCAAAUCAAGGGAUACGUGAUGAUGACUCCCAUCGCAGAAACCCAACAAAAGUGUUUCAGGGAGGCUUUGAUUUUUCCAAGCAUUCCGGAAGUCUGUGAGAACAAAAUGGAAUCAGACACAUUUAGAGAGAGAGUUUAUGAACAACCACAACAAGAUGAGCCGGUGAGUUUACCUACUACAUCAGCAUUCGUGAAGACUCCAGAUUUGAAGCAAGUUGCUGUUCUGUCAGCCCCAGAAUGUAAGAAGCCAGAAAUAAUAGGUGGUAUAGUUGGAAAUAAAGAGUUCAACGAAACAGCUUUCCAGGCCCAGGUUCGUUCCAAAGAGUUUAAGACACCUUUAACCCUGCCACGGAUGCCAUCCCAACAGCCUCAAGUGUACCCUGGGGCUGCCAAGCUUCAAGUGGACCCAAAUCUUGUUUCUGUUGAUGAGGCUACAAAGAAAAUGCAAGUGGGGUUGCCAUCAGAAUCUAAACAGAUUUCGAAGAGCUCUGAUUUACCCAAAGGGCAGUCUCUGGACACUAAACAAACACAUCCAGCCCAUACAAGUAAGCUAAACAUAAAUUAUCCAAAGAGGUUGGAGAGUGGUCUUAGUUUUGUUGAAGCACAAGCAUCAGACAGCCAGUGUCAAGCGUACACUAUUCUAGAAGCAUCAGCUACUCCAGUCAUCCGAGAACUUACUAUCCUUGGUAUCCUUCUUGGAGAAAAUUGGAAUUUUGCCACCAUUACCUUUGACCAAGUCCGAGUUAUCUUACAGCAACAGGAAAAGAAAGUAAAUGAACUUAUAAAGCAAAAUAAAGAAGAUGAAAGAGAAAAGAUGUUACUGAGACAGGUGGCCCUACUGAAUUUUCUGGUAACGGUUCGAGAUAUCCUGCUAAUUUGUAACUUGUAUUCAGCAUUAGAAUAUAUAUCCACGAUCAAAAGUGGCUUCAGAGGCAUUUUAGGUCCCACUUUGGAUGACAUUUGCCGAAAGCUGGAGACUGUGCAGUUCAUCAAGAAGAAAAAGCCCGAAGCCAACCACAAAAUGCGAGAAUUGAAACUGCGGCUGAUAAGGUGGAUGAAGACUAUUAAUAUGGAAAAUAAAUUUAAGGUAAUGAUUAUAUCAAGACUGAAAUCACAGGAAGAAAGUUAUGUCCUUUAUAACUGCCUCAGAGAAAUAGGUUUAAGUGUUCUUGUGUGGAUGCCUGAGAACACUGUACUGGAGUUAAAUAUCUUAGAUUGUUUGAGAAAGUGUUCCUGUCUUCUCAUGUGUAGCACGCAUAUUAGAAAUGACUUCCCAUGGACUCAGUUCUCAUUUGUGAUAGAAUACAACUAUUCGGAGAAGUUUAGGUUUACUGAGUUGUGCCAAAACCUGAGUAUCAAUUACAUGGCCUUGAAGUGUACUCUUCCCAAGUUCAUUUUACAAAAAAAUGCGACGCUGAACGUGUUUAGUGGCUUUCCCCUGGAGAUAAAGAUUCCCUAUGUGUUUCUGUUUAUGAAAUCUAAAGGGUGGAAUACCAUGCCAGAAGUGCUUCGGAUAUUAGAGUCCAACUAUAAUAUCACUUUAUGGGAGAGGCCUUGCAAUGAAGCAUUACGGUGCCUUCAAACUUCAGAUCGGUAUGUGUUGAUGACCAUUGAUGAGGAUACUGCCGUAAUCUUUCAGGAUAUAGAAGAAUUAAAUUGUCCGGAGGCUCCAGAUAAUGUCAUUUUGAGAGUGAUAGCUCUAUCGGUUCAGUACACCAACUUCUGGAUCAUUUUCUAUCCCAAAGAGAAACAGAGUCCAGGGCUCUGCCUCCCAGAAAAUAUUCUCCGUCACCUAGCAAUCAUUCAUGCCUCUAUGGAUUCACCUUGGAUGAAGACUGAAGAAGUGAAAGCGAAGGUUGUCCUUGUGCCAGAAGCGAAAGAAGCAGCCACACUGAUUCGUCAGAUAGCGGACCAAAUUUUGACAUCCUCCAAGAGAAAUGUUUUUGAGUUUCUGGACAAAUCCUGGCUCGUUCCUUCACUGAGUAAGGAUGAAGAGUUCCUGCUUAGUUUUCCAUGCGUCAAUCCCUUGGUGGCUCAGAUGAUGUUGUUUCAGGUCACUUCACUGUACAGGUUGAUAAAAGCAUCCUUAAGGCAACUGGAAGAGCUUCUGCCUGAAGUCCCACCAAAGGUGUUACUGCUCUUUAAGGCCAUCACCUCUACGUACAAUUUUGCACCACUAUUCUUACCAGGAUCACGGUACCUUGAGGCCACCCAUCGUGAAAACUUGAAAUAACCACAUUUCCAGCUGCUCAGAAGAUGACGACUGCCGUAGACGUAAAAGUUCCUGGGAAAUCCAAUUCACGUUCUGAAAUAAGUGGAAACGAAAGUAGCACAUAUCUACUAUCAAAGUGGCUAUAUCGCAGAAGAACAAAAGUUAUGUUUCAAAAAGUCAUAUGUUAAGGAAAACCUCCCCAAGUACCAGGCAAUGAAUAUGUAUUCCUUGGGAUUUGGGGGUGCAUUUUAGUUCAUAAAGUUAGUUUUAGAACCCCUUAGGCAAAAUGUUCUUAAUAGAGUAGAAAAAUGUCCUUAAGGCAUGUUCCCUCCCCUCUUGUUUGUAAUCGUUUAAAUGUGAGUGAUCGUUAAGUAAUUUCCUUGAGCUUCGGUGAGCUGUUUAGAAUUGGGCUAAAUACAGCGAAUGGAGUAACCCUUCAGGGACGCCAGUCUAGCUUGGAACCUAGCGUACAGUGUAGCAUUCUAGGGCUGAACCACCUUAACUCUUUAGAGCCGGAAAGUGAGGGAUGCCAUUUCCAUCUCUUCUGCCACCGUGGCCCAGUGGACAGACCCCAAAGAGCCCAGGGCUGGGAGUCAGAGGAUCUGAUUUCUAAACCCGACUCCACCCUGGGCGAAUCACUUACCGGUUAUCUUAAGUCUACCUCAAGCGCAUAACAAACGGCUAGGUCCCGAAGCAGAAGGUCAGGGGCCGGUUCAGUCUGGGCCAAACCGAGAAAAACUCCAAUCGCGCUUGGGCCAGGCUCAGAGCCCCUAACUGUUCUGGAAUCCUCCUACAGAUCUCAGAAGGCACCCUUAGAGCGGAGCAAAUUGGGAAAUAGAGCUGAAUAUUCACACACAGAAGUGAGGAGUGCUCUAAAAUAGUCACCUAAGAGUCAGUGUUUGAAUCUAAAACUCUAUUUCCCAAUUUGCUCCUCUCUAAGGGUGCCUUCUGAGAUCUGUAGGAGGAUUCCAGAAAUUGGGAAAUACAGCUUAAUAUUCGAUCACAGACUCUUACCUAUUUUAGAGCACUUCUCACUUCUGUGUUUGAAUAUUCAGCUCUAUUUCCCAAUUUGCUCCGCUCUGAGAGUACCUUCAGUUUCAGAAGCAAAUUGGGAAAUGCAGCUUAAACCGAUCCUCUCUCUGAGUGCCUUCUGAGACCAUACUAGGUUGCUCUGAGCUGAACUGUGUCCCCUUCCUUGUGGUUUUGGGGAGUCACCCCCACCUCCAUGCUCUGGUCCCCCAAACCAGAAACACCAAAGCCAUUCUUAAUGUUCUUAAUAGAGUAGAAAAUGUUCUUAAUAGAGUAGAAAAUGUUCUUAAUAGAGUAGAAAAAUGUCCAUAAGGAAUGUUCUGUCCCCUAUUGUUUGUAAUCAUUUAAAAGUGAGUGAUAGUUGAGCAAUUUUCUUGAGCCUCAGUGAGCUGUUUAGAAUAGGGCUAAAUACAGUGAAUGGAGUAACCCUUCAGGGACGCCAGUCUAGCUUGGAACCUAGCGUACUGUGUAGCGUUCUAGGCCUGAACCAUCUUCACUCUUUAGAGCCGGAAAGUGAGGCCUAGUCCCUGUCUCUCAGCUUUGGGGCGGGCGCCAAAGCUGUGAAGACCAGGGGGGUUUCAGGGAGGAAGGCCAGUUUGGAGCGGGGAAGAGACGCAAGGGUUUGCGGAGGGUCACCUCAGAGCCACGGGGACAGCUUCACCACUUUAAAUGGGGGAACAAGUCAGGAGGGAGAGAGGCGGAGGCGAGUAAUGGAGGGAAACAAAUCUUACCCUGCUGGAAGUGAGAGGGAGGUUUCUAGUGACAGUAUGCUCUUCUGUCACAUAAGCAUUAGAAGCACACUCUCACCCUGAAACAUCGUUUUUCUGCAGCCCAGAAAAGAAGGAGGUUUGAAUGAGAUCUGAGGCCUGGUGGUCAUUCCUUCCACCAUUUUUGGUCGACUCUCUAACUGCAGUAGCUAAUUAAAACUCUUUCUUUUAAAGCCGUUCACAACUUGCAAAGCGUUCUGAGGGUUUGGGGAUGCAAAGUGUUCUGGAAGCAUUAUUCACAGUGUUUCGGCACGAUGUGUCAAGAAAUCCUUUGUCCAUCUGAGCGCGUGACGAUCACUUCUCGGUUAACGGAAAGAAUACUGCAUGUUCCCGUGUGUCUCGGCUGCCCAGAAUAAUCUCCUUCUGCUGCAGAAAUGGGUGUGUGGUUUGUUGAGGAAUUGCUGAUGGUUUGCAGAAUGUUAGCCUGCACUAUGGUUUUCAGUUUGAAUGACUCAGUUCUCCCAGGUUAAAUAUGCAGAGUGCAAACAAUGUGAUUAAAGUAUUUAAACAAUA